AGAGAAGGUAGUCAAUUGAGUGCUUCUGUCCGUAAACAGAUGGAUGCAUCACAACACCUCUGAGCUCUCACGAUAAUUACUUCAUUGCACGAUUAUUUUCAGCCCAACUUAAGUUGUGGAUGGUAUUGUGAGGCUCAUGAUAGAACUACCUGGUGAUUAGGCUGCGGGGUGUUGCUGUUGACCCCGCAGAAGAAGGAAUGGCGGGGGUGAUUCACUAUGAAUCAGAGGGAUCUACGAUGCCGUGAUAGGGAUAUAAAGACGCAUCUCAUAUUGAAUUGAGACUGAUGAAACGUUCAAAUUAGAGAAGAGAAAAGACACAAUUCACAGCUUAACCAUCGACACAACUCAAAUAUGGCCGACGAGGUGACAUCAAGUACAAAGUGGGAUAUCCCCGAAGGGGAAUUCUGUAUUUUUGGCACAGUCUAUGCCUAUCCCGACAAGGCAGACGCUCUUGAAGCAGUCUAUACUGAAACGACGCGGCUUGCACAGUCGGAGACGGGUAUCGUCUACUACUGCCUGGCGCGGGACAGAGACGACACCAGCGUCUUUCAUUUUUUCGAGAGGUAUAAGAGCCGGAGGGCGUUCGAGGAGCACAACAGCCAACCCAUCAUUCAGAAACUGUUGAACGAAGACAAGUAUAUCAAGGAUGUGACGGCCAAGUUUAUGAAGCCGAUUGGGCUGGAAAGCAAUUGAAGCGAUCUAGGCGCUUCAUGAGAAGAUGGAUCGCUACCUACGUGUAGACUAUGAGGGAUGGGGCAUUUAAUCAAAAGACUGCGAGAUUUACCUCGAGGACCUUUUACAAUUGGACCCUGCGUGUGGAUUGAGGGCACGAGCCUGAGAAAUGGAUGUUAUUGCGGAGUAUGGGCUAAAUCAUUCAUGAGAGUCUUGUAAGAUGAACAAAGCUUCGAGUUGA